CAGGGCGUGACGGACGUCGAUCGUAAGGUCAUCUCGCAAGGGAUGGAGUUCAUGCACCGGUACGCGAGCGAGGCGCUGGAGGAGAGCGCGUGCGCGGCGAGACACGCGGGGCGAGGAACGAUCGACGCGGAGGAUGUGAAAAUAGGAGCCAAGGCGAUAUUAAUGCGGCAGUUCAUCGAACCGCCGAGUUUGGCGGACGCGCACGCGAUGGCGGCGGUGGUGAACAGGCAUCCGUUGCCCAAACUCUCCAAUCGCCCCGGUAUUCACGUGCCCACGGAGAUGAAUUUGUUGAACGAUAACUGGGACAUCGGACCGCCGAAAGCGGUCGACGCGAGCUCGAUCGAGCUCGAACGCGCGGCCGAGGCGAGAAAGACCGCCGGUGCGCGCGCGCGCGCGCCCAAG